GUUUCGAUCCAGGGAAUUGGGAGUGAUGUCAUCUGUAACAAUAAAAAAGCUGCUCUUGUGAAGAUGAUGUCUGCAAAAUACAUGGUUAAAGUAAUGAUCAUCAUGUUUGCAAUUUAUUUUUUUGCAAAAUCAGAUGCAAAACCCAUUAAGAAGAGGUCUGUGAGUGAAAUACAGCUUUUGCAUAACCUGAGUAAACACGUGAAAUCGAUGGAAAGGAUAGAAUGGCUGCGGAAGAAGCUGCAGGCUGUGCACAGUUUUGUUCCUCUUGGAGCUUCUGUAACUCACAAGGAUACUGUUUCCCAGACGCCCCGAAAAAAGGAAGACAAUGUGCUGGUUGAAGGCCAUCAAAAAAGCCUUGGAGAAGCAGACAAAGCUGAUGUGGAUGUGUUAACUAAGGCUAAAGCCCAGUGA